AUGCUAGCACCCUUUGGGUUCUCUGUUGGAGAUUUCCUGGCAGGCCUCGAGCUCGUCAAGGAAGCAUGCGAAGCUCUCAAGGAUGCCUCCGGCGCGAAAUACAAAUUCCAACUGGCGCUGGUCGAGCUGGAAUCAACGCAAGCGAUACUGCGGCGAUUACAGGCCUUUGAACCUUCAAGACAUCAAGACAGUGUUGCUGGUAGACUCCAGAUGUUAGGACACGCAUGCGGAAUCCCAGUCGCUAGGUUCCUCAAGAAGUUGGAACCGUAUCGCGAGUUUUUGACGCUCUCUCAAGAUGCUGACAAGACUAUUUCACGAUUCGGUAUGAGAACGAAGUCAAAGCUCGAAUGGGCCUUGAUACUGCAGGACCAAUUUACAGAACUGCGUGCGAAUAUAGCACCCUUCAUAUCGCUGAUGGAUGUUCUGCUCCAACUCCAGACACUCAACAUUCACGAGCUGCGGCAGGACAAUGCCACCCUCGAGAGCGAAGUUCGAGACCUUAGAUCUACGACGCGAGACUUGCAAAACACCGUGUGCAGACAGCUUGCAACGAAAGACGAGGUCAAGGCCAUUUUGCCGAAGCUGAACGAUCUCGAAACUUCCUUGCGUGGAGCGUAUCAAUGCAACCAGAUCCCCAUGAUUUUGAGACUCCUCGGCGACAUGUCACUAGCAGAUUUGGAUCGACAUGAAAAAGUUCUCCAAGGUCUUCUCAAUGCUGAAAAGGCUACGAAUGCCAUCAUGGCGCAGACGCAAGAUCAAACAAUGGCCCUGGGCAAGAUUACCAGUGCUCUAGGUUUGAUCGAGGCGUGCCAAUCUGCACCUCCUGAUGACCGUGAUUGGGUACCUUCGAACCAAAGAGACCACUGGGAACUAACCGGCUCAGCUUUGAUCCAGCAUUCCGCAUCCAAAGCAUUGAUUCACGCAAGCAAGGCAGGCAUAGACGCUCUGCUGUUGCUGCUCAUUGGCAUCGGAAGAUUACUUCAACAUGUUUUGCGCCAUAUGACCGCCCCGAAUGCGUCCCCAGCGCUUCUUCAGCAAUCGCCCAUUCAGCUCGAGGACGGUUUGGGAAGAGUCAGCACUUUGCCCUACGAGAUUUUCAAUCGCUGGCCCGUACUGGAAGCAUAUCUGAAAUGCAUGUUUGAGGGCAGGCCCGAGAGCGAUGUUAUCGAGUAUAGCCAGUUUGUCUUUACGACGGUCGAGAAUGGGGCUCCUAGGAUCAUUCGUCUGGUGUUGAAGUUGAUCCUCUGUAGUGCCGGCUGCGGCUUAUUAUAUCGAACCUCUCAAAUUCCCGUCCUCGAGGAUCCUUCACCUCCAGCAAUUACUCGUCGCCGACAUGCGAGGAGAAAGGAAGCCUAUCGGUGGUCCGAGGCAAAUGCAUUUCUCAAAGCUGUCAUGCACGAUCCGAGCGACAUCGAGGCUUACAAGUUCGUUUUUGUAUCGGACUGCGAAGACGGCGACUGGGAAUUGGACGAGCCUUUAAUGGGAGCUUUCAAGAAUUUCAAAAGAUUCAGCAUCGCCGAACAUAAAUACGCAUGCACAUUUGCGAAUUGUGGGCAGAAAUUUACCACGCCGAAGAGGUGGAGGGAACAUGUUUGUCUUUGCCACCACGGCUCUCUUGACAGGCAUAUUCAGUAUCGUGAGGCCACCGAGUCACCUUCGUCAUCGACAAUUUGGUGCGGGUUUUCUCGAGACAGGGUAGUCGUGUUGACAGGUACAGGCGCUGAUGUGGGAGAAACUUACGAAGAUAAUCGAUGGGCGUUCGUUGAUCCUGUAGUCAAGGGAUCUGGUUUCUAUCUGAGCCACGUGGGUGAUCACUUUGCCAAGGAGAGAGUGGAUGCUGCGACGUGGUUGCUCUUAGAAUAG